AUGAACAUACUAGAAGCAUUUCUUAGCAUAACUUUGGUGAAGAGAGAAAAUUUUCUCAUGCUAAAUGAGGGGGCCACCGUGUGCCUCCUCUUCCAACUAUCCACCGGCGGCGGAUCUACGGCGGCGGCGUUCGGCGGCGGAUUCGGAGAGCGUAGGGAGGCAGGGGCGAGGGCGGCGGAUUUUGGUGGAAUCUGUUCUCGCGCUCUCGCGGCGAACGCGAAGGAGAGGACAGGCGGAGGGACUGCCGGAGUGGGACUCCCACGGCCUUCCGCCAACGUUAAUCGUCCUCAGCUGGCCAAGCUUAGCGGCCUGAAACGAUACAAGAUCACCGAGAUCCUCUUCUUUGAUCGCCGCCGGCGAUCCACCGUCGCCGGCACCGACGACUCCUUCUUCGAGAUGGUCUCCCUCCGCCCCAACGGGAUCUACACCAAGACUCAGCUCCAGGCCGAGCUCGAAAACCUAGCUUCUUGUGGAAUGUUCGAGAAGGUCGAUCUCGAGGCCAAAACUAAGCCCGAUGGAACCCUAGGGCUUACCAUUUCCUUCACUGAGGCCACGUGGCAGUCUGCUGAUGCUUUCAGAUGCAUCAAUGUGGGGUUGUUGCCUCAAACGAAGCAGAUGGAGAUGGACGCGGAUAUGACGGAUAGGGAGAAGAUGGAGUACUUUAGGAGUCAAGAGAGGGAGUAUAAGAGGAGGAUUGAGAGAUCAAGGCCGUGCCUUUUGCCUAUUCCCGUGCAGAGGGAGGUUCUGCAGAUGUUGAGGGAGCAAGGGAAAGUGAGUGCGAGAUUGUUGCAGAGAAUUCGAGAUCGGGUUCAGAAGUGGUACCAUGAUGAAGGGUAUGCUUGUGCUCAGGUGGUCAAUUUCGGGAACUUGAAUACGAGGGAGGUUGUUUGUGAGGUUGUGGAAGGAGAUAUUACUCAGUUAGCAAUUCAGUUCCAAGAUAAGCUUGGAAAUGUAAUUGAAGGCAAUACUGAGCUUGGUGUAAUUCGAAGGGAGCUGCCCAAUCUGCUUGCCAAAGGCCAUGUCUUUAAUAUUGAAGCCGGGAAACAAGCUCUAAGAAAUAUAAAUUCUCUUGCAUUAUUUUCCAACAUUGAGGUGAAUCCACGAGCUGAUGAGAAGAAUGAAGGAGGAAUCAUUGUUGAGAUAAAGCUUAAAGAAUUGGAGCAAAAGUCAGCUGAAGUAAGCACUGAAUGGAGUAUUGUACCCGGGCGAUAUGGACGGCCGACUGUGGCAUCGAUUCAACCUGGUGGAACAGUUACAUUUGAGCACCGGAACAUCAAAGGGCUAAACAGGUCCAUUGUGGGCUCUGUGACAUCUAGCAAUCUCCUCAAUCCUCAGGAUGAUCUAUCUUUCAAGCUUGAGUAUGUGCAUCCUUACUUGGAUGGCGUGUAUAAUCCUCGCAACAGAACAUUUCGCACUAGCUGCUUUAACAGCCGCAAGAUGAGUCCUGUCUUCACUGGUGGGCCUGGGGUUGAUGAAGUUCCACCUGUAUGGAUUGACAGAGUAGGGCUCAAAGCCAAUAUAACAGAGAGCUUCACUCGUCAGAGCAAAUUCACUUAUGGACUCGUAAUGGAAGAGAUCACGACACGUGAUGAGACCAGUACCGUGUGCACUAAUGGUGCUCGGCAAUUGCCUACUGGUGCUUUGAGCAUGGAUGGACCUCCAACAACCUUGAGUGGUACUGGUGUUGAUCGUAUGGCAUUUGCACAAGCAAACAUUACUCGUGACAACACAAAGUUUGUCAAUGGUGCAAUUGUUGGUGAAAGGAAUGUGUUUCAGUUAGAUCAAGGCCUCGGAAUUGGUACCAAUUUCCCAUUCUUCAACCGUCAUCAGCUCACACUAACCAGAUUCAUCCAGUUAAAGCAAGUCGAAGAAGGUGCUGGCAAGUCACCACCACCUGUUCUUGUUUUGCAUGGGCAUUAUGGUGGUUGUGUAGGUGAUCUUCCAAGCUACGAUGCUUUCACUCUUGGAGGACCUUAUUCUGUGCGGGGAUACAAUAUGGGUGAGUUGGGUGCAUGCAGGAACAUUCUUGAGCUUGCUGCUGAGCUCCGAGUUCCUGUCAAGAACACCUACGUGUAUGCUUUUGCGGAGCAUGGAAAUGAUCUGGGGAGUUCAAAGGAUGUGAAGGGAAACCCCACCGAAUUCUUCAGGCGAGCUGGUCAUGGCUCAUCCUAUGGUGUCGGUGCAAAGCUUGGUUUAGUUAGAAUGGAAUAUGCUGUUGACCACAAUGCCGGCACUGGAUCCAUAUUUUGUAGGUUUGGCGAGAGAUUUUGAGAUAGAGAGGGCGGGAGCGAGGGAGCGAGCAUCUAGAUAUGGUAUUCAUUUUGUGUCAUUUCUACUUGUGAAGCCAGGAAGAGAAUUAGCAAACUGCAUUCGCUUAGAGUAGUGUCAUUUCUACUUCUAUGUUGUUCUUGGAGAUGAUGGUAUAUGAUAGUUAGAUAACAAGGAUAUUUGUAUCGGAUUUUUUAUUUGAUUGAUGAGAUUAAGGUUUUUCUGUGAUAGUAGUAAAGUAGUUCUGUUGUUCUCGGCGAACAAUAUUUCCUGUAAUCUUAAUUUACAUUGAGCAGUAUUUUCAAGAUUUUGUUAGAUGAGGGACGUUA